UAGAUGCGAUGUAAAGGCAAAACCAGGACGCGCUUCUGUGCGUGGGGUUUUAUAUGCUGCAGAUGCAGCUCUGGAGCCGGUGGUCGGCCUCGCUUUGCCGUAUCUACACGCCAGAAAAAGCUGGACUACGGGGACCGUCGGAAUCCUAUUUUACACGCCCUCUCUGUGUCUUUGGAAGAGGCCGGCAGAGCAGGCCAAGGUUUUCGAGAAGCAAAGGAAGUCCAAAACACUGUAUAAAGGACGAGACACAACAACGAGAAAGCACAGCGGAAAGCAGGCCCUGUGUGAAAAUGAGUCUGUUGUGAGUGUGCAUCCCGGGAGGCCAGGGGCCUAGAUAGCUGCGCGCGUAUGCCGGGAGAAGAGACGUUUUCUGAAGAAGAGUUCUCUUCAUUUGCUCCUCAGAAUUCUUUGCCUGGUCUGCGUCUGCUCUGCUGUGUUGUCUUGUGAGAAAACCGACUGAAAAGAGCCUUGUCUCCCCUCCUUCUGUUGCAUGCACGCGCGCUUUUCUCACUCGAGCCCCCCAGUGUGCACUGGAGGACAUGUGUGUCUUGUCGACAGUGGCCUCUCUUCUUUCUUUCGCAAAGAGUUUUUUCUUUUUCCGUCCCAGAUUUUUUCCUCCGCUUCGUCUCGUCCGCCACCUGCAGGGACACUGGAUUUUUUCGCCAUCUAUUACUCAGGUUCUUCGCGCCUUUCAUUCUUCGUUCUGCGCAGUUCUCUCCGAUUCUCCUGUGCGGAUGAAGCGACGCGAGAGGAACUUUUUCUUCUUCCCGCCUUCUCUGGCGCCGCCCCGCCACUCGUGGUGAACUUCUUGGAACUCUGCCUUCAGCCUGCUCGCCUCCUGCCCUCAUCUGUGCCGCGGAGGAGGGAGAAAGAGAGCGAGGAACGCCAUACACAGGGAGGACAGGAGGUAGAGGGGAAACAACGAAGUACAGGAGAGAGAAGAGGUAAAGAACGCAGAAAAGAAAACACAGCAAGAAGCGACGAGAAGAAUAACAGGAGAGAAGAGAACGAGGCGACACACAGAGAAGGGAAAGAGAGGCGAAAGAGAAGCGAAAAAAGAGGAAGACAGGAAAGAAGGAGAGACGCGCCACAGAAGGAGAUAGCCCAGACGUUUCCGCCAGAUGUCACACUGCGGUUUUGAGGCAAAGAGAGGAGAAGCUCGAGGAGAGUCUGUUCUGGGAGAUGGCAUAAAAGAGGCAGAGGGUGACAAGAGAAACUGCAGACGCGUCUGCAGAGGACCCAGACAUCACUGAACAGACAGGAGACACACCUGCCGAAGCAGACCCAGACCGAUCCCGAUGAGGGCGAAUCCGACUUCCGUUCUCUUUCGCAAACUCGAAAAAAGCCAGACCUGAGGAAACGCGUGAAGCAAUGGGAGUCAAGGGACUCUGGAACUGGCUCGACAGCAACGUCAAGGAGCGCAUGCACCUUCGAGACUUCUCAGGGAAAACGAUUGCUGUCGACGCCUCGUCGUGGCUGCACAAGGCGGCUUGUGGCUGCGCUCUCGCGCUGCUUCUGGUCGAAGAGAAGAAGAGACUUCUCUCCGACAGAGAGUCGAGAGAAGAACCGGAGGCUGGUGCAUGCAACCCACUUGAAGAAGAAUGCGAGGCGUACCGUCAAAUUCUUCGUUUCUGUCUUGGAAAAAUUCGUCUCCUCACCUCCUUCGGAGUCAGGCCCUUCCUUGUCUUCGAUGGAGGCCAGUUGGAGGCGAAGGCGCCAGCAAAUGAAAGUCGACGCCUGACCCGGCGGCGUCACGCGGCGCUGGCGCUCGCAGCGCACCGCGCAGGCGACGUCGCGAACGCAUGGCGACAUGCAGUGGGGGCAAUUUCUGUUUCUCUCUCGCUGAGGAACUUCGUCUUCCGUAACCUGCAGGGUCACCAAGGAGUCGUGUGCAUCUCCGCCGCGUACGAGGCAGAUGCGCAGAUGGCGAGGCUUGUGGCGGACGGCUUCGCAGACGCCGUGCUCACGGAGGACGGCGACUUGUUGGCUUACCAGGCUCGAAUGGUCCUCUCUCGACUGUCGGACGACGGGACUGUUCAGUGCGUAGACUGCGCUCGCUGCUUCCAUCUCGAGAGGCCGAGAGGGGAGAGGAGGCAGCGAGCAAAGGCCGAGUCCACCAGUCCCACCCGCGAACCGGACGCGCCUUGUUCAUCCGUGGCCUUUCGCUGUCCUUCUUCUCUUUCGGACUCCUCAAGUGCGUCGGCCUGCGUCUCUUCUCUUCGCCCAUCUUCUGCCUCGCGUACUACGUCCCCUACUUCCUCUCAUGCUUCCCCCUAUAGUUCAUCGUCGUCGCGUUCGUCUUCCUCUUUGUCCUCUCAUUUCUCUUCGCUUUCUUCUUCUCCUUCUCGUGCCUCUCCUCUUCCUUCUCCUGACUCUGCCUCGUUUUCUUCUGUCUCUUCGCCGCCCCUUGCUUCUGCGUCGCCGCGUCCUUCUUCCGCGUCUCUUGGCUUGUCGCUCGACCGCUUCCAGUUGAUCUGUGUGUUGGCCGGGUGCGACUACGCACCCAACAUCCCCGGCGUCGGUGUGCGCACUGCGGCGCGGCUCGUGCGAAGGCAUGGCGCCGACGUCCACGCCAUUCUUCAGGAUCUCCGAGCUUCUGGGAAAUCGAUUCCACACAACUACGCCCACCAAAUACGCCUUGCCCUCUUGACGUAUCGCCAUCAAACUGUCUUUGUGAUUUCUCCAACGUGGGAGAUACGCAUGGCGCCUCUGACGGAUCUGCCAGCAGCGUCGCUGUCUCCAGACAUCCUUCGCUGCCUUGGCGUUGUUUACGACGACGAAACAGCCCGAAGUCUGUGUCUGGGGUUUCGCCAUCCUGCCACUUUGGAGAUUCUCCACCCUCGCAUGCACCCGAAAGUGCCUCCGCCGCUCUGUUGGUUGAACUGCAAAGACGCGAGCGCGAAGCCGCAGUCGGCUGCUCAGAGAAACUUUUCGAAAGAAAACGAUGCCAGCCUCUCCGACGAGAACUCCACUCCAUCUGGAGCUGCUCUUAAGCACAGCGCCUUGAGUCCGGAGGGGAAGCUUUCCGCCAAGAGACUCAGCCUGUUUCGAAGGUGUCCCUCGUCUGCGUCAGAGGCGGAAGACGCUAGCAGUGGAGCAGGCCGGAAGCACACGAAGAAAUGCCGAUCCGAAACACUAAACAAUUCACAAACAGAGACGCUCUGUACAGAUGCUGACAACAUAGAACGCAAAUCGCAGACAGAAAGAAAUGGUGCAUCGCCGGUUCGCUGCAGCCUGGAAACACCCCGCCAGCCUCCACACACUGGUGUGUAUGUACACCACCUAGCAGAUGCACCACAGUUGCUACCUGCUGAGUCGAAUACUAAUACUGCGGUUUGUGAAGACUCUAACGAAAAGGAUGGAAGGGUAGCCCAGUCAGUUGCAGAAGCGAUUGGACAGAUGGACGAGCUGGAAGGUCGCGGGACGAUCGAAAGAAAGCCGAGGUUCCCCGCAGAGCCUGUGGCUGCUCGUUCGCCGGUGGUGAAGUUAGAGCAAACACCGCGCAACUCUACGUCGUGUUCGGCUGCUGUCAGGCCAACAGUCACCAGUGUCAGUGCCAAGAGGAAGACAACAUUCUUUGGCUUACUCGGAAUCCGCCGAGGUCUUCCCGGUGUGCAGCGAAAAGACAAAUAGCAUAAAAAACCCCGGAAUUUGGAUAAUUUCAUGCUUUCGACUGAAACGGCUUUCACGUGCGACGCAGAGGCGCGCCCGUCAAGUUGUUUCUUUCGACAUCAAAAUGGACUCACCUAAAACGCGACGUGGAAAGCUUACAUGUGCCAAGCUUGGUGUCUUCCGCCUAUUCUUACACACCGCGUACACAUGUAGCUAAUUAUCUCCGAGGUGUGAACAUUAACUUCGGAGGCUGCUGACUGUUUCAUGUGUGUUUGCUGGUAGUGACACAAGCGUGGUCACAUCCCCACAAAAAAAAAGAAUCCCCCUUCUGCUUCCAUGUCUGACAGUCGAGGUUCCUGCGGUUCGGCUGCGUUUCCGAUUCCGCCCAGCGUCGUCGAAUGCCAACUGAGAACUACACGAACAUUAGAACUCUCAGCUGCUCUUGUUUUUCUUCCACUUACUUCAGACGGUUCAAC